UAAAUAAUUUUGUUGGUCAAGAAUAUAAAAUUUUUGAUAAUGUAUGACAAUUCUCAUAUAUUUAGAAAAAACACUGUCACAAAGUUUCCGUGCCAGGUCACCUGCUUUUGUGGAGUCAACUCUAGAAGAGAGGUGUAUGAGAAUCUUUCAUCUUUAAUGGUGCCAUCUAUUUAUGUUGGAGAAGAAUCUAAUGAUACAACAAUAUCUGUAAGAUUAAAGAAAGACAAGUUUCUAAGUGAGAGAUUCACAGAGAUGUGCAGCUGCGGGAGGAGAGCAGAUGGCAAGCGGAUUGAGGAAACAGGAGAAAUAACAUUUAUCAGGAUCGACCGUAUCAAUAUGUUAACCAACACUAAAAGCCAAGCUUUGAUUGAUCUCAAUCCUGCAUUCAAUAUUUUAUCAUGCUUAUUGCAUCUGAGGAAGAAAUUUAAAUAUUGUUUAACCUUCAUUCUUCUAGAAUAAAAAGUAAAUGGCUUUGUAUGGAAUAAGAAAUUUGAAAAAAACCGCAAAAUAUCCCGUUUCAUGGUAAAUUUACAAUUCUCUAUUGCUAAUUGGAAGUCCAAAAAUUGAUGUAUACCCUAUUGCUUUUUAAAAUUGGAUGGUAUAUUUGAUUAUUCACAUAAUAUUUAAUCUUCUUCCUUAGUGAUGCAACAACACAUGGACACUAUGUAUGUGCAUCAAAUGUGAAUAAUGUGUGGUUUCUGAACGACGAUAGUAAGCCCAUUAGGGUUGUAGACCAAUCAUAUGUAAGCCAACAUGUGUGCCUUUUGGCGAUUGAGAAUGUGUAAGACAGUAAGCUUCUAUUUUAUCCAUUGUGUAUAUUAUUUAUACAUGAAUGUAUUAAAUUCUGU